CUUUCCUUGCUUUUCUCCGCAACAAGAUUUCUUUUUCCCUCCACUUGCUGCGGUCUAUGUUUGAUACCCUCGUUUAGCCACAAGGACAUUCUUUUUGAGACAGAGAUAAAAUGGCUCCCUCUCACUCCCAUGAUGACAUUAUAGAAUUCACCCAACAAAUUCAACCACCCACAAUUGCCCCGCACCGUUCGCACGACCCCUCCAACAAUCUUAAACGCAGUGAUCCUUUUCAAUUCGGCUCCCGCUACCUAGAGGAAGGUGACGAUGUCUUCGAGUUUAAUGCCUGGGACCACGUCGAGCCGGACGACGAAUUCCUGGCCUUCGCAGAGGUCCAAUACGCCAAGCAGCGCGAAGCCCCGGCAUCAGAUUUUGACAAGAUGCGAUUCAACGCAGACCCCGCCAAGUGGUGGAACCUAUUCUACAAGAACAACACGGCGAACUUCUUCAAGGACCGCAAAUGGCUGCGCCAGGAGUUCCCCAUCUUAGAAGAGGUCACACGCGCUGGUGCAGGAAAGAAGGUCGUUCUGGAAGUGGGCGCAGGCGCCGGAAACACGGCGUUCCCCUUGAUCAACAACAGCGAGAACGAAGAACUCAUGGUCCAUGCGUGUGACUUCUCGAAAAACGCCGUCAAGGUCAUGCGGGAGAGCCCGCAUUAUAAUCCGAAACACAUUACCGCCGACGUAUGGGAUGUCUCCGCCGAACCCGACGAGAAUAACGACUCUCUUCCUCCCAGGUUGACGGAGGGGUCGGUGGACGUGGUAGUUUUGAUUUUCAUUUUCUCUGCUCUUAACCCCAACCAAUGGGAUAGGGCUCUUCGCAAUAUAUACAGGGUCCUGAAGCCUGGUGGUACGGUCUUAUUCCGUGAUUACGGGCGGGGAGACUUGGCUCAGGUUCGAUUCAAGAAGGGUCGUUAUUUGGAUGAGAAUUUCUACGUCCGUGGAGACGGUACUCGUGUCUUCUUCUUUGAUAGAGAUGAACUGGAAGAAAUGUGGGGUCGGUGGACCCCCGAGAAGGGUCUCCCAGAGAAAUCAUCGGAAGGCGAAGAGCCUGCUGCUGAUAAAAAAGAUGGUGUUUUCGAGAUCCACAACUUGGCCAUUGACCGACGGUUAGUGGUCAACCGUCAGCGCAAACUAAAGAUGUACCGCUGUUGGAUUCAGGGCCACUUCACUAAAACCGUGAAGGCUGCUACCGAGAAUGGAGACAAGAUUGAGUCGUGAUCGGUGUUGCUGCAAUUAAAUGUACAGCUUACUACAAUGCAGCCAAAUAUCUACCUCGGUUUUUGCUGACGCUACUGGGCGAAACGACACAAUUCAACUCUGCAGAGUUCCAGCUUCAAAGCGCCUAUCAACUUGCACGACGUGUUGGGAGAAGAUAUUGGAUGACUCUACAGACGCGAUUCUGCCCUAUUAUCUUUUUGAGUCAACGACCCUAGGGCCUGGCGCCAUAGAAGAAAUGUUUACGGUCAGCAUUAUUUGCCGUUGCAAUCGGCUCGUCUUGCUAGAAAAUCUCCGGUCAUAGAAUAGAUCCACGAUGUUAUGAUGAUAUGUGCAUGUACCUAUAGGAUUAGGAUAUGAGCCAGAUAAACUUGCUUGAAUCUGACAAGGUUUAGACUGCAUACAUGUAAUGAUACACUGAUAGGUCAUAGUCAUCCAUGUGCGGCUAUCUAGUGUCUUGAUAUCUCUAGAUGAUGGCAAUGCAAGAUGACC